AUGAGUAACGCAACGGUUCUGACAGGGGCGUUUCCGCCCCCGCCUGGCGUCACACCGAAUUUCGAGAACCCAAGGGACGCCGGAUGGAUGUGGAAUGUCGUGGGAAUGAGUGUCCUGGCAGCGAUUGCGACGGUGUUCUUUGGAAUUAGGACAUAUCUGAACUUCACCAUGGCGAGACCGUUUCUCCCAGAUGAUUGGACUUGCGCUAUAUCAUAUGCUUUGAUAAUGAUAUACGUCUCCACCGUGUUCGUGAUGGCGCACUAUGGUGAGGGCUAUCAUGCAUGGGAGCUCACGAAAGAAUCGUAUCAAGAAGUGAUGAGAUGGCUGUACGCCAGCUCCAUUGUCUACUGCCCGGCAGCAUACUUUACGAAGGUUACUUUACUCUUACUCGAAGCACGAGUCUUUGCCGUGCACGAGCGAGUUUCACGCGGGAUCAAGGUCUUCAUCGUCACCCUACUUAUCUGCUAUAUCCCAAUUCAGAUACUCAAGACUGUCAUCUGCUUGCCGGUGUCAGCCUUCUGGAACCCCAAGACACCAAAUCCGAGAUGCUUGAAUCAACGCAAAAUUUUCAUUGCGGAUCUGAGCCUGGCGAUCAUCACAGACUUCUUCAUCCUCGUGCUCCCGGUACCGUUGUUAUGGGGGUUGCGCAUGCCUUUGCGGAAGAAGCUGAAAGUUGCCGCGCUACUUGGAGCUGGAGGUAUUGCGACAGCUGUGACUGUCUAUCGCAUGUAUCUCGUCGUUCAAUUCCUCACUUCAACAGAUGUCACUGAGGACUUUGUUGUUUUGGACCUUAUCACGGCACUGGAACUUGUCAUCGGCGUCGUUUGUGCUUGUUUACCCUCCACCAACCUCCUCUACGAACGGGUACGAAAGGGAGAAGGAAAGCCGAUGGGUCACCUGCCACGGACUGUGGGUGAUCUCAAGAAAGGGAGCAGUUCAAGCUCAUCUUACUGGCGCAGUAUAUUGCCGAAUAAGCAACUGAGGACUACGCGCACAGCCGUUACCGUAGGAGAACGUACUGCAAUAAGUCAAACGGGCCCCGCCAACUUCGAUACCGAACUCGCGGUCCUCACUGGUCAGCCGAUGGGAAUGAGGCCAUUGACGGAAGAGACAGCCAGGAAGUCGGAGCAGACUGCCGAAGACUGGACCUACAACCCAAGAGCAAAUUCAAUGGACGGAAGGAGAGAAGGAUGGCUGGCGCAGGGUGGCGAGAGCUCAGCACCAGGGUGUUCAGGGGACAGGGUACCCAACUGGAAAAAUCACGAUAUGGAGGCCAGAAAGUCUUGGGAGGCUGUGUGGGAAAAGGCCAUACCUCCGGAGGGGCUAUCCUCGAUACCUGAAGAUGACGGUCCUCCCCGAUUGCAGCUAGCAAAACAUCCACCACCAGACUGGGAGCACCUAACAAAGUAG